CUCUCUAACGCCUCCCUCCAGUGUCCGGGGCCCCGGGCCUCUCUCCUAUCGCCAUUCGCCAGUGGUCUGCGGUACGUUGUGUAGGUUGGGUGUACGCCGCUGGCUCGUGUGUUCACCGACUCCACGCCUCUCCCAGCUUGAGAAGAGCGGCGGCAGAGCAUAACGAGAGUCCCUCACCGCCAGCCCGUCCCAGGCCCUCCUCCCUCCCUCCCUCCCGCCCCUCCUUCAUCCAGGGCGCGGCCGCAUCCACCACCACCACCGCCACCGUCCUUUCUGGCGCCAGCGGGAGUGGGUGUGGACGGAGUUGCGGAGUUGUCACGUGGUGUGGAGCGCAUCAGAGUAGAGUUUGUGUGUGUGAGUGGGAGUGAGUGAGAGGAAAGCCGCGUGGGAUGGACGGCCGCCUGCACCUCACCAACGGCGUGACGUGACGUGACGUGACGUGACGUAAGGCGCGCUUGUGGCCACGCACGAGACAGCCACAGCCACGCCUCCCCCAUGAACCUCACCCCGCGCAGGGCAGGUCACCACGGGAGGUGCGGCGCGCAGCGAUAGAGUGACGGUCACGGUGGUCAGUGAACAGUGUGCGCUGAGUGGCGAGCGGUGAGCGGUGAACAGUGAGCUAUGGCAGUGCCGGGCAGUGAGGACGGGGCGCUGGUGGAGGUCAACAUGCAGGAUAUCGUGCUCACGCCCCGAAGAGAGGCCCCGCCCGUGGAGGCGUCUGAGCCGAAGGCGGAGGCACACACGGAGGUGGCGGCGGCGGCGCUAACGGAGGCGGAGAAGGCAGAGAAGGUGGCGAUGGAAAAUGGCCACGUGUUGGGUGCAGAGGACGUGCCGCCACCCUACUCCCCGCCGCUCCUGACGUUGGAGAACGCGUCUGGCGCCCUGGAGAGCUACGAGGUGCCCGCCCACGUACUGGCCUUCGUGCCGCCCGACGGAGGCGUUCGGGCGUGGCUGGUGAUGCUGGCCUCCUUCCUCUGCAAUGGCAUCAUCUUCGGCAUCAUCAACACCAGCGGCAUCAUUUACGUCAAGAUCGCAGCCCACCUCAAGGAAGCCGGCGACCCCAACGCCGCCUUCAAAGGAUCUAUGAUGAUGUCGCUGGCCAUCGGAUCCACCUUCCUCUUCUCCGUGCUGGCUGGCGUGCUGACAGACUCUCUGGGCAUCAGAAUCACCACUCUCAUAGGCGGGGCGCUGUCCACGGCUGGCAUGUUCAUUUCCUCAUUCUUCGCAGACAGUGUGGAAAUACUGAUGUUCACCUACGGCAUUAUGUUCGGUGUCGGGGCGUCGCUGGCUUACACCCCUUCCCUUGUCAUCCUCGGCCACUACUUCCAGCGGAGAAUGGGCAUCGUUAACGGCUUUGUCACAGCUGGCUCUUCCAUUUUCACCAUCGGCAUGCCCUUCCUGCUCUCCUAUGUGCUGGAAAUGGGCGUGCAGACUACCUUCCAAAUGCUGGCUGGCCUCACUUCCUUCCUUAUGUUUGCGGCACUGAUCUUCAAGCCGCUCAUGCCCAUCCUGCCCCAGAGCCGUCCCCAAUAUGACAACUCCUGCCAGGGUCGCUGCAAGAGCUUCUGGUCACGCAUCAUUAACUUUGAGAUCUGGCAGAACAAGCGCUAUGUCAUCUGGGCGCUGGCCAUCCCCUCAGCUCUCUUUGGUUACUUCGUUCCCUACAUCCAUUUGGUGGCGUAUGUGAAGGAAGUGUUGGGUGAGGACAUCAACUCCCAGCUGUUAGUGCAGUGCCUGGGCAUCACCUCGCUGGUGGGGCGCCUCGUGUUUGGCAUGGUGGCAGACAGACCCUCCAUCAACCGCAUCUUCCUCCAGCAGGUUUCAUUCUUCUGCAUCGGAGCCUUCACCAUGCUGCUGACGGUGGCCAACCACAUGGCUUUCUUCAUGGUCAUUGCCCUCAUCAUGGGCCUGUUUGACGGCUGCUUCAUCUCCCUGCUGGGCCCCAUCGCCUUCGACAUUGUAGGGCCGGGCGGCGCAUCCCAGGCCAUCGGCUGUCUGCUGGCCAUCUGCUCCAUCCCUCUCACCUUUGGUCCGGCCAUUGCAGGUGCCUUGUACGACCACCUGGGGAGUUACCUGGUGCCGUUCCUGUGUGCUGGUGUGCCUCCCAUUCUCGGCUCCUUCAUCCUCUUCUCCAUCAGCUGCACCAGGAGCCUGCCUGAGGGAGUGCCAGGGUCGCCAGUGAGAGAACCACCAGAGAAGCAGAAUAAUGCCGCAGCUGUGGAUGACCCUAGGGAAACACACAGGCUCAUGACAGAGGAGCAGCAGAGUCGGGUGUAGACCAAGAGGAGGGAGGUGGAGGAGGAGGAGGCUGGGACUACAGAGUGAGCAACGGAGACCUGAGUGAACCAAGACCCCUUCCCAGCAGCCCUUCAGAUGAGGCGGUGAAGGUGGAUGUGCGACGGCUUGCCCUGCUGCAGCGAGAGAGUUGUGUAUAGACCACUACCUCCUCCUCCUCCUCCUCGUCCUCGUCGUCAUCUUCCCCAUCCUUGUUUCUUGAGGGGAUUCGCUCAUUAACACUGUCAAGCUCAUUAUUCUAGUGUAAAGCUUCUCAUUUUAGUCCAUAUAGACCCUUUGUGCCCAUUUUUUUAAUCACAUGUACAGUUUAUCAAUUUUUUUCUUGUAUUUUUAAUCUUUUAUGGCUUGUUUUUUUUUUUUAAUAUGUACAGUUAAGCAGGUUUUUCUUAUGUUUUUUUUUUUUUUUAUCUGUGGCCAGAUCUUCAUCUCAGAAGUACUGUAGUGUUGUGUGGUCAGUUCUGAAAGGAUGAAGUGCCUAAAACUCUAUAAAUAUGUGGUUAUUAUUUUUUUUAUUUCUAAGUGCCAGUCAAAAGUUACUUACAGUGUUGCAUAUGAAUUAUUGUAACAUAUGUGAAAUGAUGAAGUGCCGAUAAGUGUAUAAAUAUAUGUAUAAAUAUGUAUAAUUUUUUUUUUUAUUAUUUAUUUAUUUUUUUCUCAAUCAGAAGUUUUUUACAGUGUUACGUAUGAAUUACUACACAAAACAAAUGUCAUAUUGCUCUUGCCUGAAUUACUUUUUAUUUUUAUGCAAGAAUGGAAGCUGGCCAAGGGCAAAAAAAUUGAAAGAAAAAGGCCCACUUGAUUGCCAGUUCCCUUAAAUUGUCAUAUUGCUCUUGACUGAGAUUAGAGUGUAUAUACUUAUUUUUUUUUUCAACAGUGCAUUAAUUCAGCUAGCAAUGAAAUUAAUUAUGAACAAAGUAUGCAAAGAAAAAAAGGAAAGUGUGUAUGUUAUGUACAGGCAGACAUUUUGUAUAUUCAACCGUGUUCUCAUUUAUAUUUAGUUAUUAGCCCCUUCAGUACCAUGAUGUGUUUCCAUAUUCAUUCUGCUAUUUGAUUUUUAUACAGCUUUAGAAACUUAUGUCAGGAUUGAAAUAGUGAAGACUCAGGCCAUUAAUCUUCUGACCUCCAUAGACCCUUCCAAAUGUCAAUGAAAUAGUCUAAUCAUACACAAAUCUCAAGGUAAAAAUGUGUCCCGGUACUGAAGGGGUAAAGAAAUGACUUAUCUCUAUUUGUAAGUCUUUCCCAGAAUGGACUGUGUUGCUCACUGAAGGAGAUUUUACAGAUGUGUAUAGUAGUAUAAUUUUUAAGCAGAAUUUAUAGUUAUUAUUGUUAUUAGUCUCAUGAUCCAAUGAGAAUAUUUAAAGGUUUAUAUUCAUUUUUGUCUGAUAUGUGAUAGAUAAUCCAAGCUUACAUUGCUUUGAAAACACUAUUUUUUAGAUGCUUCCAGUGAGAACUCCAUGUUCUCUGUUAUGUGUUCUAAGCACACUCAAUUCCACUGGCCAAGUAGUAGCUGGCUGCCUGUCUAUCUAAUGUACUCCACACUGACUGGUCUGUGAAAGAGAACAACCAAGGUGAGACAGGCCUUGUUGCACUUUAGGAAUUGAAAAGGGUCCAGUAAUCAUCAGGAGUAGACUAAAUUCCACUGGCCAAGUAGUAACUGGCCGCCUGCUUAUCUAAUGUACUCCACACUGGCGGGUCCUUGAAGGAGAGUGGCCAAGAUGAGACAGGCCUUGUUGCACUCUGGGAAUUGAAAAAGGGUCAGUAAUCAUUAGGGACAGCUUUGUUCUUGGAAAUCUUUGAGUAGGAAGAGUAUGAUGAGUGACCAUUUGUAAGUCUUUUACAAUUGGCAUUUCUAUAUUGUUUUUUCCCUGUAAUUUAAUCAGUGAAGAUGAUGAAAAUGCAUUGAAAUGUUGGGAAAGGAGGUAAAGAUGCUGACUGUCUCAUUCCUCAUCAAACUCUUCUUACAAUAUAAGUCUGUAACAAUCACUUAAAAAGAAAGUUAAUUGGUCCUGAUGACUUAACUUGAUGUUCAGAUGUAAUACGCACACAAAUUGUCAUACAUGUUGAUAUUUUAGUUGAUAUGGGAGUUGUCUUGCCAAUCAUCAGAGCGCUGGCUCAAUGUGUUGGCCGGCUGUCAAGCAUCAGGAAGAGGUGACCAUAAUUUCUCAUCAGUCAGUUCUCCAAUGCUUCCUUACAGUCCUAAGGUCAUAAUUUACAGCUGGGAGUCAUGUAGGGGCUCGUAUAUGUGUACAUGUAUAUGUGUAUAGGUGUGUGUGUGUGUGUGUGUGUGUGUGUGUGUGUGUGUGUGUGUGUGUGUGUGUGUGCGAGGUAUAUUUGCACACAAUCACUCACUAACAUUGCAGGGACUUGUGAUAGUGUGUGGAGGGUUGGGGAAGUGUGUCAGGGAAGGCCUCACUGUGUUACAUGUGUGCAGUCCUUAGUAGUCCUCACCCACUAAGGACAUAAGGCACUAUGGAAUCCUUCAGUACCAUGAUGCAUUUCCGUAUUAAUUUUGCUUACUAUUUGGUAAAUUUAUACAACUUCAGAAACUUAUGUGAGGGAUUAAAAUUGUGAGUGAGGAGGUGGUAGGGAAGACUGAAGCACAAGUUCUAUACAUACUCUUAUGUUUUCAUUGUGAGUCUUCACUGAGAGAAUAUCAUUAAAUUCUCUCUCUUUGGAAGACUGGCAACUGAAACAUGAGGAAAUAUAUAAAGUACCAACCUAAAACUCACUACCUUCUUCCUCACUCAUUUGUGUCUUCAUCCAUAUCACACUAGGCAUCUUUUACCUGUUCUCCUUCUACUUAAGUACUACCACGCAUACAUGUCGCUCCCAACAGUGCAUCGAUAUGUGUACAAAUGUUCCAUGGUGUGUGGGCAUCUGUAAGGGUGGGAAGCAAGGAUAGCCUCUCUCUCUCUCUCAUUGUCACUGGGUAAUAGAGGAAAGUGCAUCUCUAAGGGUGGGAAGCAAGGGUAGACUCUUUUCUUGUCACUGGGUAAGAGAGGAAAGGGCUCCAAUACAACACAUGGUUAUUGUCCAUCUAGUAUUUACUGUUAUCUUCCUUAUUCACAUGUUUGUCAAGGAGCAUCAGACAGUUCCUGAAUGCUAUGUGGUGUUUAUGAAAAGGUUAAUCUGUUAAGUAAACAUGCCAGAUUUCAGUCAGAUCUUGUUUAUCCACCAGUUUUUUAUACAUUGUUUUUCCUUUCCUGGAAGUAUGUGUGUGUGUUUGUAUGUGUGAAAAGUCAAAGUAUCAUUUGUUGUAUCUGAGAAGAUAAUGUAGCACCCCACACACACGCCAGAGGCAUGAUACAGAUGGCAGUAAGACAGUCCUGAUCCAACAUUCAGUCCCUUCAUUGUAACAUACACAGUGCACAACUUUUGUAUUAGAUAAAAUUCACAUGGACCAGUUCCUGAGAGGCAAAUGUGCACUUAUCAUAUGUGUAUCUAGCUACAGGUAAAUUGUGAUCACAAAAUAAUUGCAUUCCCCCAAAGAACAAAAUGUAAAUAAAGAAUAUGUAAAUGAAAUGCAGAUUCCCUUUAUUUUACUACAUUUGAUACAUUUUACAAUAUUGUUUUUAGGUUAAAUGUAUAGAUUAUGCAUCCACACAUCAUGGUAAAGGAAAACACUUGGCUUGUCAGAAAAAAAAGAAGAUUAAUCACUAAAUUAUGUUCAGCUACUCUAUAUUAAUGCUAAGUUAGACAUACAGAUAAAAAUGCCAGUCAGCUUAUGUUAAAGAAAAUUAAAGAUUCCAUUAUAUUGAUUGAUCACAGGAAUAUAUGUAUUAGUAACAGUAAGCUGUCCCAGAAUAGCAUUGAUAGAUAUCCAUUGGUCAGGUAUGUGAUGGUUACUGUGUUCCUGAGUGACAGGCGUAAGAGGUGGCAUGGAAAGGAAAAGAAGCAAGUGAUGACAAACAUGGAGUCUGAAUGAUGCGUCCUGUGCUGUGCCAUAAUAUUAUAAAAUGACUCCUUCAUUAGUGUAUUGUUUUCUUUUCUUGUAUAUUCAUAAUUGAUAAGUUAUUCUCUUCAUAUGCCAUGUUUCCCUAUCAAAGCUAACACUUUAUUGUCUAAGUCAUGAAUUUUAUCCAUCUCAUUGUAACAUAGGUCAUGUGAGGCAGCAACUGAGGCUUGCAGUGUGAGAGACUUGGAGGAGAAUGUCUGCAAAGCUUUAUUGCAAUCUAACUAUCUCUAACAUUUGUAAUUAUUAUGUAGCUACUACUUUAUAUCUACUAUACUACUUUUGUAUCUACUAUAAUAAGCUUUUUCUUUCUUCUUCCAUUCCAUCCCUCCAUCUUUCUUUUUAUUUCCAAUCUUCCUUCAUCACCUCCCUCCAUUUCCUUCCCCACCAGUGCUGCAUAGAUUGGCCAUCACAUUCACUACUCUCAUCAUUCCAUCUCUCCCACUUUUACUUUAUUUCCUGCCUUCCUCUCCCUUCCAUUCCUUCCCGGCAUAGACUAGCUGUCACAUAUUCACCAUAUUGACGCACUUCUCUGAAACACAACUUUCUGAUAUAUACUGUACUAGAGGAAACAUAACAGCAUUCUCAAUGGAAGGGGCCGGUGUGCUGCAGCAUCAGCCAGAACACAGCUACUCUGAGCUCCAUGUGUUUGCAGGCCCACCAAAAAUGCUCUUUGUCAUAAUAAAAAGGAGAAAAAGAC